GACUGUGUGCGGCUGGCGUCGGGGGAGUCGCGCCCGUCUGUGGAGACGGCGCAGUGUUGGACGCAGUCGGCGGAGCUGAGGACGUGACUCUGCCCGGAGAGACCGGAGGACUCAGUACGGGAGAUCUCUGAGGACGCUGAGGACACUCCCCGGGGUGUUUUGAGGACAUUGUCUGCAGGAUUAUCAGCACUACCCGGAGGAGUCUCAGGACUGUCCGGAAAGCUCUGAGGACUCCGCAGCACUCCUUCCGGAGGACUCCUUUUGAAGGACUCGAGAGGGAACUCACCGAGGCAUCUGUGAGGACUCGCUAUGAAUCCUCUGAUGCACUCCGGCGUGAUUCCGGGCUCGAUUCCGGCGUCCGGAUUCAACUAUGUUCCGGACGGUUACGGAAUGUUACACCAGAGUCAGGCGUCCGGGAUGUUACACCAGACUCAGGCGUCGCCGCACAACGGUGACGUCAUGGCCUGCAGUCCGUACUCCCGCGGCUCGAACAGUACCUCUCCACCGUCUCACCACAGCCCCGGACAGUACACAGUCAAGGCCGAACCGGCUCUCCACCAAGGUCUCCACAUGGGUGGUCCGCAGCUGAAGAUCGUCGAGCAGCCCCAGGAGCGGUUCAGGUUCCGAUAUGAAUCGGAACUCGGCGGCACCCACGGCCAGCUGGCCGGACGGAGCGGGGCAGAUCGACGCUCCUUCCCAACCGUCAAGCUGGACGGUUUCAACCACCGGGCCACCAUCCGCUGCGAGCUGUUCACAGUGGAGGAAGGCGCCUCGAACCUUCCUCCGGUUCCGCAUGUUCAUACACUCCAGGGAAGGAACUGCACAGGAGGCUACGCCGAGAUGAGAGUCGAUCAGGAGAACGACUUCACGGCCAGCUUCCAGGGCCUAGGCAUCAUCCACACGGCCAAGAAGCAGAUGGUGGAAAAGAUCACCAACAGGAAGCUGGACGAGAAGAAGAUGGAGAUGGAGCGUAUGAACAUGGGGAAGCUGUGGAACCCCACCGAGGCCGAUCGACAGGAGGCUCGUGAUCAGGCGAACCGGGAGUCUCAGCGCAUCAACAUGAACCGCGUGUGUCUGAGGUUCCGGGCGCUCUACCAGAAUCCGGGGACGAUGCGGAUGGAAGAGAUCUGCCAGCCCAUCUUCAGCGAUGCCAUCUACAACGGCAAGUCUGCGCAGACGGGUGAGCUGAAGAUCGUUCAGCUCUCAGAAGCCCACAGUCCGUGUACAGGAAACAAGGAGAUCUGGCUACUCGUGGAGCGCGUCCGAAAGAAUGACAUCAAGGUUCUGGUAUUCGAGGAGGACAGCAGCCACCAGACUAUUUGGCAGGACUACGGCCGUGUCAUCAAGUGUCAUCAUCAAUAUGCCAUCAUCUUCCAGACACCGCCAUACCGCGAUAAGGAGAUCCGGAGUCCGGUGCGGGUUUUCAUCCAGCUGGAGCGACCCUCUGAUGGCUGUGUUUCCGAGCCGAAACACUUCCAGUACACCGAGCGCGAUCAGCGUACCACCAAGCGUAUGCUGAUGCCAGCCGAGAGUGGUGGCCCCAGCGACUCGAAGCGGUUUUAUUUCGAUUCGGAGCAAGGACGCACUCCGUUCGAGGUACCUCCCCCGGACGCGCUCAUGGCAAUGCUGGGCGGGGGACAGGCCGAGUUCAUGCAGCAGCUGCGACAACCGCCUCAGCCGCCACACCAGCAGAUGCAGCAACAGCAGCUGCAGCAGCAGCAGCAGCUGCAAAUGCAGCGUCAGCAGCAGCAAACACAGCGGCAGCCGCAGCCGCCGCAGACGCAGCCACAGCAGCCGCAGCAGCUGCAGCAGCCGAUGUCUGUGAUGUCGCAGGGCUCGUCGGUGUACUAUCCACACGCGUCGCCCCACUCUGUGGCCUCUCCGUACAGCCCCGAGUCGGCGGCGGCCAGCUCACCGCAGCAGCCGUACACGCAUUAUGCCAGUCCACAGCACAAUCCCUAUCAGAUGAUGUCUCCUCGCGACCCGAACUUGGCUACCAGCGCCGCGCCGUCUACUGUGGAUGAGAUCCUGCAGGGCGGCAGUGGCUUCCCGGCCAUGACGACGCCCAGCGACACUAUGGGAUUUGGACAACAGGAUCAGUUCUACGGUGCCAUGGAUAUGAAUGCAGUCAUGGGCCUCGGGGAUCAGCAGGAGUCCAUCUCCAGACAGCUGACGGACGAGGAGAUGCAGAUGAUACUGCAGAGCCUCCCGCCGGAGGCGCGCGAGGGUGACGGCGUGGCACCGCCCGUGCGUACACACCGCGCGCCGCGAGGCGUGGUACGCGGCCUGGGCGGCCCGGGCGGCACCGCCCCCGCCCCCGCCCCGGCCCCGGCCCCGGCGGCGGCGGCGGCGGCGGACUCGGCUCCGGCGGGCCAGACUGCUGAUCAGCUGGCCGCUGACAUAGCCAGGAUGAACCUGGGAAGGGGAGGCGGUGGCGGCGGCGGCGACGAAAACUUCCUUCUGGAGCGCUUCCGCUGUCUCGUCGGCAUGGAAAACUACGACGGAGACAAUGUACUGCACGUAGCGGCGAUGUACGGAAACAAGAAGGCGCUGUCCAGCCUGCUGGAGGCCAUCUCUGGACUGGAGGACGACCUGCGCCGCGCCAUGGUCGACAGUCACAACGCAAACAGACAGACGCCGCUGCACCUCGCGGUCCUCUCUGGAGCCGCCGACUCUGUCCUUCUCCUACUCUCCGCCGGAGCCGAACCGGACCUGGUCGACCGCGCCGGCGACUCCUCGAUCCACCUCGCCGCCAGGCGAGGAUCAGUGGACGUGCUAGCUGCCCUCCUACACCACCUCCGUAUCAGUGGGCAGACGGAGCGACUCCUCCAGCAGACUAACUACCGCGGAUUGAGUGCGCUGCACGUGGCGGUCCAGGCGGGACAUCAGCAGGCGGCGGCGCUGCUCUGUGCCGCCGGAGCGGAUGUCAGUGUUCCUGAUGAUACCGAGGGCCGUUCGCCGCUCCAUCUGGCGGUCAUGGCUAGGGAUGUGGCGAUGUGUAGGAUGCUCCUCAGACAGGGCGCUGCUGUGGACGCGGCCACGUUCGCUGACGUCACACCUCUCCACCUGGCCUGCAAACUGGCCGACCGGCGGCUGGUGUCUCUGCUGAUCGCUCACGGAGCCGACCCUCAUAGGCAGAGUGUGGAGAGGCAGCCCACGGCCGGAUCGGGAACAGAGAGCGGGGAGGAUGAGCCGGGAGAGAGGGAUGGAGGAGCGGAGGAGGAGGAGGACCAGGAGCGGCUCAAUGCCUUCCUGUAUGCCGAUAUGGCAGGAGAUCCGACGCUGGAGCAGAUCCUGCUGGGCCGUAUUCAGGUUCCUGAUGAUGAUGAGGAGGAGGAUGACGGCCCUCAGGAGGCUGCCGCCGCCGCUGCGCCUCUGGCCCAGGCGGCUGCCGCGGUGCCUGUGGCGGCGCUGGCUGGGAAGAAGGGAGAUAUGGACAGUGGAAUGGACUCCGGACUGGGGAUUACACAGGAGCUCAGCUCGGCCUGUGACGUCACCGGGCCCAUCAGUGACGCUGAGGGUACCGGUCUACCGGGUCCCGCCGUACGUCAGCUGAGCGCCCUACUGGACGGAGACAGCGGACCCUGGCGGACGGUGGCCGAACUACUGGAGCUGGAUGUCACCACUGUGCAGCGCCAGGCCAGUCCCACCGUCUACAUACUGCGCUGUGUCAAGAAAUACAGUAACCUCUCGCUGGAGUAUCUUGGACAAGUGCUGGGCUCCCUGGGACUGGCUGAGGCGCAGACGGUGGUCAUGAACCAUGUGCGUCAGUGAACGGGCACCUGAUUGGUCAACUUACGGCCAACUCGCGAACUGAUUGGUGGACUGAGAGCCAAGUCGUGUGCUGAUUGGUCAACGUAGAGCCAACUCGCGUGCUGAUUGGUCAACGUGGAACAUCGGACGUCCUGAUUGGUCAACUUACGGCCAACUCGCGUGCUGAUUGGCUAACUUAGAGUGAACCCGCGUCCUGAUUGGUCCGCUGCCGACCAUUUCGCAUCCUGAUUGGUGUAGACACGCGCACUGCGCUUUAAGAAACUUUAACAUGGCGUGUUACCAUUGGCGGAAGACUGCGCGUCUCGGAGGUCGUGAUUGGUGGAAAGCGGGCCCACAGCGAGCCGGGCCGUGAUUGGUAGAUACCUGAGAGACCAGUUCUGAACGGCUCAGGCUGCAGCGUGCUGAUUGGUCGACACAAUCUGACGCGUGCUGAUUGGUUGAAGCGCUCUCGAGCGUCUUCUGAUUGGCUAAUUCAGACUCGACGUUACCUGGCCUCUGCGCGGGGUUUUAAUGUCGCAGGUAUGGUCUGCUGGUAUGUGAGGCGAUGUCAUUUCGUAUA